AUGCUGAACAGGACCUGCUCUCUCCUGGUGGUGGUUUGUGUGCUGCACAUGUCCGUCAUGCUCCUGUUCUACCUCAAGAACUUCACGCGCAACACACCUGCACCUACACACCUCAACCGGGGGCCCGAAACCGUGCGCCUCACCCUGACGGAGGAGGAACCUGCACCCCAGACUGAUUCGGAGGAUAAUAAUACACUGCCCCAGUGUCCUGACACCCCUCCAAAUUUAGUGGGACCAUUACAAGUGGACUUUUCAGACCCUGUGAAGUUGGAGAAGUUGGAAAAGGACCCCCAGCUGUCUCUCGGAGGACGUCACACACCUAGCAAGUGUGUUUCUCAGCAGAAAGUAGCAAUCAUCAUUCCAUUCAGAAACAGAGAGCAUCAUCUGAAGUACUGGCUCUUCUACAUGCAUCCUCUCCUGCAGAAACAACAGCUCGACUACGGCGUCUACGUCAUUGAACAGGACGGCGAGAACAAGUUUAAUCGAGCAAAGCUGCUAAAUGUUGGCUACACUGAGGCUCUAAAGGAGUAUGACUACAACUGUUUUGUCUUCAGUGAUGUCGAUCUCAUCCCUGUGGAUGACCGCAACAUUUACAAGUGUUUUGAUCAGCCGAGACACCUCUCUGUAGCCAUGGAUAAAUUCCGCUUCAGGUUGCCGUAUAAACAGUAUUUUGGUGGUGUAUCAGCAAUGAGUAAAAAACAGUACUUGAAGAUCAAUGGCUUUCCCAAUAACUUUUGGGGCUGGGGCGGUGAGGAUGACGAUAUCUACAACCGGCUGUCCUACAGAGGAAUGACCAUCUCUCGGCCAGCUGGAGCCAUCGGGAGGUGUAAGAUGAUUCGUCAUACAAGAGAUAAAUUAAAUGAAUCAAACCCUCAAAGGUUCACGCGAAUACAUCAUACCAGACAGACAAUGGACACCGACGGCAUCAACUCUCUCACGUAUAAGGUGGUGGCAUUAGAGAAAAAGCAACUGUAUACCAAAAUCAUUGUGGACAUUGGGAAGCCCUGAUGGAGUACUUGACAGUACAAGCUUUAACUGAGUUUUCCAAUGCUCAGAUUUAGAGGGACUUAUAACCUGGAGCUGCUCAGAGACUCAUACUAACUUACUUCAGACCAGGCUGCUAUUUAUCUUAAGUUAAGCAAUGUGACUUUUACAUUAAAAUUACAUUUAGAAAUUUGCCCAUGUAUGACCAAACCGAGCCUUGGUCCAAAAUGAAGUGUCCUAUUAGUCAUGGAAUUUAAAUGUCUGACCAUCUUUAUUCUCAAAGAAGAACGUGGCAAUCCAAAAUGAUUUGGAUUGUACCAUUAUGGGUCUG